AUGGCAGCUUCACCCCCUCUCCCCGAAGGUUUUACUGAACUCGAGGUGCUCGGCUUUGGCACAGUGAUGAUGGCGGAGGCACUACUUGGGUUCUGUCUGAACGGCUUGACAAUCGUCUCUUUCUACAAAAUCAAAGAACUUCGGACUCCUGGGAACUUCCUGGUUUUCAAUCUUGCAUUAUCUGACUGUGGGAUCUGCAUCAACGCGUUCAUUGCUGCUUUCUCCAGUUUUCUGAGACAUUGGCCCUACGGCUCGGAUGGUUGUCAGAUGCAUGGAUUUCACGGAUUUCUAAUGUCACUGACCAGCAUGAGUUCUGCAGCUGCAGUGGCCUGGGACCGAUAUCAUCAUUACUGCUCCAGAAGUAAGCUUCAGUGGAGCUCGGUCAUCUCCAUGACGAUCUUUCUGUGGCUGUUUGCAGCCUUUUGGUCUGCAAUGCCGCUUCUGGGGUGGGGCGAAUAUGACUACGAACCCCUCAGAACAUGCUGCACAUUGGACUACACCAAGGGAGACAGAAAUUUUGUCACGUACCUUAUUCCUCUGGCCUUUUUCAAUUUUGUGAUCCCGGUUUUCAUCAUGCUAACAGCCUACCAAUCUAUAGAUCACAAGUUCAAGAAAACUGGACAGCACAGGUUUAAUACUGGCUUGCCUGUGAAAUCUUUGGUCAUUUGUUGGGGCCCUUACUCGGUUUUAUGCUUCUACGCCGCAGUUGAGAAUGUGAUGUUCAUUUCACCCAAAAUCCGAAUGAUUCCCGCCGUCAUUGCUAAGAUGUCACCUGCCGUGAACGCCCUCAUCUAUGCCUUGGGGAAUGAGAACUACCGAGGGGGGAUCUGGCAGUUCCUGACGGGGCAGAAGAUUGACAAAGCUGAAGUGGAUAACAAAACCAAAUAA